AUUCUCUCUCCUUCCUUUUACCAGGAAGGGCAGAGACAGAGGCCAAUAAAGCCCUCUCUUUUCUUCUCCCCACACAAACAAAUUAAAAACACAAUUUGUUUGUGUACGUACGUACCCUAACCCUAAUACAACAGACACCAACGAUGGGAUUCAAGCUCAACCUGAUCGCCCUCAUGGUGGUAUUGGCCAUGGUAGCUAGGACAUCAGCCAAGGUCCACGAUGCCUCGUGGGGUUUCAGCCGCUUCGGUGAUCACGAUGAUGAGUCCUUGAUCAAUAGCGCCAACAGCAAAGUUGGCGACUUCAUCGGAGACGAGAAUGAGAUGAUGAUGGAGUCAGAGAGCACUCGUAGGACACUCAUAGGCAACGGCAGGUUUAUUGGUUAUUCUGCCCUAAAGCAAAAUGCUGUUCCAUGCGGACGCCGUGGCCAGUCCUACUACGACUGCCAAAAAAGGGAUGGGGCUAACCCUUACAAACGGAGUUGUCAGUACAUCACCCGCUGCGCCAGACGCUAAAUCUGAUCGAGGAUCGAUUCUAUCUUGUUAAUUAACAUGGCAAAAAAGAGAGAGUACGUACGUACAAGGAUAUAUAACGAAGAGGGAGAAUGAAAGUGGGAUCACUCAUCGAUCAUCACCAUCAACAUUAAUGCUUGCAAGAUUUAUACAAUUUCCUCAUUUUUGUGUUUUGAUAUAAAAAAAUAAGAUGAAUGUGUUUGUUUAAUUGUGUGUUUUGUUCUAUUUUCUUUUUGUGCAUAUGCCUAUUAUUAAGGAGGAAAUGAACGUACGAACGUAUGCCUUUUUUGCUUAA